AUGGACCCCGCCAGGAGAGCAGGCUCCUGGGCAGCGAUCUGGACUAUUGGCUGGCUGCUCCUGCUGUCGCUGCUGCUUCCAGAAAGAGCGAAGGCCCUGGAGUGUUACAGCUGCGUGCAGAACGCAGAUGACGGGUGCUCGCCGCAGAAGAUGAAGACGGUGAAGUGUGCACCAGGCGUGGAAGUCUGCACAGAAGCUGUGGGGGCCGUGGAGACUAUCCACGGGCAAUUCUCGGUGGCAGUGCGGGGCUGCGGUUCGGGAAUCCCCGGCAAGAAUGACCGCGGACUGGACCUUUACGGGAUUCUGGCCUUCAUCCAGCUGCAGCAGUGUCCCCAGGACCGCUGCAACGCGAAACUCAACCUCACCUCGCGAGCGCUCAACCCCGCAGGCAAUGAGAGUGCCUACCAGCCCAACGGCGUCGAGUGCUACAGCUGCGUGGGACUGAGCCGCAAGGAGUGCCAGGGCAGGGCGCCUCCCGUCGUGAGCUGCUACAACGCCAGCGACCAUUUCUACAAGGGCUGUUUCGACGGCAAUGUCACCUUGACAGCAGCCAAUGUGACCGUGUCCUUGCCUGUCCGGGGCUGCGUCCAAGACGAGUUCUGCACCCGGGAUUCGGCGACAGGCCCAGGGUUCACGCUCAGCGGCUCCUGCUGCCAGGGGUCCCGCUGUAACUCAGACCUCCGCAACAAGACCUACUUCUCCCCUCAAUUCCCACCUCUCAUCUUGCUGCCCCCACCUCGGUCCACCACCCUGGCCCCAACCAAAUCUGUCAGUACUUCCACCUCAGCCCCAUCCUCCACCGUCACCACCAAAGCUACCCCAGUCCCCACCACCACCCGGUCCACCUCCAAACCCAUCACCCCAGCUCGGACCAACCAGACGUCUCCGCAAGAGGUGGGGCAUGAGACCUUCCAGGAAGAGGAAGCUAGCUUGGCUGGAGGUGCUAGUGGCCACCAGGACCGCAGAAAUAUGGGGCAGUACCCCGUAAAAUAUGUGACCCCUAGUAAAGGCUCUGCAGCUCCUUGGGCGGGAUGGGUGACUCUUCUGUUGGCUGUGGCUGCUGGUGCCCUACUAUGA